AUGGGCGACUCCAUCUUUCCCAAAUGCCUGAACAGCGUCGUUGGCAAGGAUCGACUUCAUCUCGCUGAAAGAACUUUGAUCCAGUUCUGGAAGGGGGUCGGCGCCACUGCCUUCGCCUGGGGCCUCGUCUUUGGGAAGCUCCCAAACAGCGACCCCGACGAUCCCCCCAUCAAGCUCGUCAUCCACAAUGACCUUGACCAUUAA